GUCGAUGCUGACCCCAGUGUCAGACGCUGAUCAUCCGUCUCGCCGGCCUGGGCUAUCUGUCUCCCAGCCCAACGCGCUGGAAUAGGCGUGCGCUCAACCCGACAACGUCCAGGUGUUGGAGGAAGUUGGGUGAUGUUAGUGGCGGCCUGAAGGACGUCCCGCUCCGGCCCACAUCGCUGCCCCGUCCUGUGACCAGAGGGGGGAGAGCUAUGGAGGGCUACCUCAUUGCUCCGUAUCCCGAGGAAAUGGUCACCUAUGACAGCGAUGUGUAUAGGCAGCCGGAAUACUACACCUACCUGAGUAGCGAUGGGGAGAGCCAUGGUGUAGCGGACCAUUUCUGGGAUGACUCUGGCAACCACUUCUACAGGGACCUGGAGCCCUUCUCGGACAGUCACUUGACAGAGCUGCAGAGUGUGCAACCCCCACAGCUGCAACAGUUGUACCGCCACAUGGAGAUCCAACAACUGCACAACCUGGAGUCGCUGCCCAUCGCAGGCAACCGCAUUAGCGCGGCUGCUCAUUACACCAAAACACAGCCGUCAGCAACCACCAGCUUCACCGCACCCCAGGUGCCCUAUGUGCCGCACUGGUGCCCACAGUACACACACUCGGCUGAGCGCAGUUCCGAUGAGGAGGACCUGGAGAGGCACAGUCCACCGCUGGAGGUGUCCGACGGAGAGACAGAAGCAACCGAGCACUCUGCUCAGAUGGUUGGCGCAGACACAGGAGUCAAGAAGAAGAUCAGACUUUAUCAGUUCCUGUUGGACCUGCUCCGGAGUGGCGAGAUGAAGGACAGCAUCUGGUGGGUGGACAAGGACAAGGGCGCCUUCCAGUUCUCCUCCAAACACAAAGAGGUGCUGGCGCACCGCUGGGGAGUGCAGAAGGGCAACCGGAAGAAAAUGACCUACCAGAAAAUGGCCAGGGCUCUGCGGAAUUACGGCAAGACGGGCGAGGUGCGGAAGAUCAAGAAGAAGCUGACCUACCAGUUCAGCGGAGAGGUGAUGGGGAGAGGAGAGUGGAAACAUUACACCCACUGAAGAGAGCCCGCCCACCACCUCCAUCUCACAACCCUUCCUCUCUCAUGCAGGACUAACCUGGCGCCCCUCCCUGUCCCCAACACAAAGCACGUCUACGUGAGCCCAUGCAGAGUCAGUGGGGAGAGUCACAGGCUGGGCAAGGGGAAAUACUCGUCCAGACCACCAGUUCAUUAUGCCCUCCUCCCCCUCUGCCCUCUCCUCCUCAGCCCUAUCCCUCACCCUUCUCUUCCCUUCAUCAGCCCAAUAUACACCAUGGUCUUCCUGCUCUGUCCUCCCCCUAGCCCUGCCUGCUUCAUCCUCUUCACCCCAGCCCAUCUUUCCUCCCUCACCCUUCACCAGUCCCAUCCUGCCCCCUUCAACACGUGCCCCAUAUCCGCACCCUCCUCUGCCCCUUUCCGUCCUCCCCAUCACCCACCUAAUUAUCUCCCCUCUCCUCCUCCCCCUUCUGUGUUCUCCCGUUCCCCUUUGACCAGCCUGUGACGAGGCAGAUGCUCCCGACUGUCACCCAAAGCACAGCUAACUCUUCUUGCUGGCACACGUCGGUGAUGUGUGGAGUGGGAUUGGUCUGUGUGCGGUAACGCAUGGGACUGAGCCUGGGUCAUGAGUGAGGGUGUGGAUGGAUUGUGUGGACCAUGUGUUGGGGGUGGAUUGCUUGGGGUUGUGUAAGGGGACAUGAGUAGGGCUGUGUGUGAGGGUGUGUCGGGCUCUGCCUGGGGUUACGGAUGGGUGCGGGCUGACUUCAGGUUUAUGGUGGGGAU